AUGUCUGCCCCCAGCACAUCUGCCGUCGAGGACAUGGUCAUGCAGUAUCUGUUCGAGCGUGGUCUCCAUGGCACCCUCCUUGAGCUCGAGCGCGAGGUAGGCCGUGAGUACGCUCCAUCGGGCGAGCCGCAGAUGCUCAUCCGCUCGCUGGCACGACUGGCGGCGCUUCUGGAUGUGGUCGAGCCGACACUUGCUGCCGAUCCCGACUCGGAUGAUGCUGUACUGAUGGCGGGUCUGCCUGCUGGCGACAUUGCCUUUGUCGAUGCUCCCGCCGCCCAUCAACUCGCGCCGCUGCCUCACCCGGCAAACGUCACCAGCCUCGCCUAUCUCGGCCCGGGCCGGUUGCUGAGCGGAUGCGUCGACUCGACGCUGCGCCUGUGGGCGCCGAAUGAGUCGCGCGACGAGCCGGUCGCCACCCUUGCGAGCGUUCUCGCCGGCCCGGUCGUCGCCAUGGACGCGGCGUGCGAGGCUACUAGCGGCCCGAGCGUCAUCGUCUCUGACAUGGCUGGCGGCGUGGCGCUGGUAGCCGAGACCGAUGAUGGUGGCCUUGUGGUAGCAUCAAAGAUUGCUGCUCACAGCGGGCCGGUCUGUACCGUGGCGAUGGCUCGCGACGGAUCGGUGGCGGCGUCAGCGAGCUACGACCACACGGUCGCGCUCCUCCGCGACGGCGCCGUUGUCCAUCGCGCCAGCUUUGACGCCAACAUCGAGGGCGUGGUGUUCCUGCCCACAACCUCGGGCGCACCCGAGACACUUGUGGCGGCGCCGCGCGAGUCGCCGGCGCUCAGCCUCAUUGACGUUGCCAGCGGGACGGUGACGAGCUACAACAUGAACCCGCUCGGCGAUGCCUGGGCAGACUACUCGGUUUUGGAUCUGGCGGUUCCGUGCCACGACGAGUCGUUCUUGGUCAUGGCCACCACUGACAAGUCCAAGAGCCUGCUGUUUGACGUGCGGACGCCCGGCGGGCCAGUGCGGCACAUGCGCGGGCCGGCCAACAACGGAUACGCCCUCCCGGCUCACUUCACAGGACCGCUCCAUCUACGCCUUUGA